AUGAGUCUACAGCACUGGGCAAUAGAGGCGGUUCUGCGUCACAAAACAAAGCCGACUGUUCCCGGCUCGUCUCACCAUAUACUCCUGGAGCUACAGACUAAUUUGGUAGUCGCUCGCGACGGCGUUUUGACGUUCAACCUGCUGCUUGAUUCAUGUACCUCCAGCCUCAACUCUAUCAUUGAUCUUAUAAAUAACAAAGAUGCUAGCGUGAUUUCGAAGAUAUCCCAGCUCAAUACUUUGAAGAGUCUACCGGAAUUCGAAGACUCCUUUUCGCGCAAUUCGUCCUCUCUAUCUAGAAGUCGGCAGACCACCGAAGAACCAAUACGAAUGGAACUCGCGUUGGAGCAAAGCGAAAAACGAUUUCAAUUUUCCAAGGAUACACCGCACGAAAAGCAGCAAAAUGAGUCAAUUGCAAGCGGGAAGAUGCCCGCGGAGCCUUUGGAGAAAACGCUGGCUGAUAUUCUUAACUCAAUCAAUUUACAAGAUGAUGAUUCUUCUAGGUCGUCACAUGUGGAGGAACCCAAUCUAGAUUCUAGAGCUGUAGACAUGAGUGCUUCCAGAUUGGAGGUCGUUCAUGAGCAUGGCCUGGUGACAAAGCCUACACCAAAGAUCGAUGUAAACAGAGAAAAACGAGCUCUGGCCAAUAUUGCCAAGUCGUUCCGCUUCCAGUCUAGCCCAAAACCGACCAGUACUGUAGACAUUGGUCGUGAGUCUCCCCGUGCAAUUGAUGGGUUGAAAGCUCUUACAGAAAAUGCACCGCAAUCCCUCAAGAGAACAGAUCAGGAUUCAUCUGAGGCUGGCCUCUCACCUGUUCAACUAAUUUCGGCGUUAGCACCGACUACAUCGCCAAACGCAAACUUGUCAUUUAUUCCAAUCACUAAAACUAUCAACCCUAAAGGGCCUGGCGCUUUUGUUGAUAGGGUCAACAAUCAAAGUUCUGAUACCGAGCCAGAUCUUUCUUUCAAAGCCAUUAGCACUGCAAUUCGAAAAAGUUUUGCGGGUAAUCAAUCUAUGGCACACAAUCCGCAAAGUACCAUUGUGUACAAAUCUGAUAGGGAUAUUGUCGCCAACGGGUCUCGUUCACUUCCCUCCGAAAAGCUUCGCGUGAAGAAUGAAAUAAGCAGUGUGGUCUUGCAUUCUAAUGAUGUGCUGCGGCGUACAAUUGAAACCUCCAAAAGAACCUCUGUUUUUGUAUCUUUGCCCGAUAGAGAGCCCAUAAGUUUCCGAAACACUGCUCGUAAAUCUAUUACGGUAAAGAAGGAACACUCUGCUUCUAGUUCAGUGAGUCCUUCAAAUAAAUCUAAUGGCCAGAUGGAAUCACACUCCACCCAGGAAAAAUUGAAGUCGACCGAACUAAGCGAGGCCAAGACUCUUACUGUUUUUUCCAAAAAUCUUCGUUCGAGAACUAACAAUACAUCUCCUUUAUCAACUGGAAAGAAAUUCUCCUCCAAAGAAAAUGAUCGAAGUGGGAUUCUGAUAGGUAAACCGAAAAGUCGAACAACCACCAAUGGGUCUCCUAGAAGAGUCGAGCUACCUCCUUUGCGUAGAAAUAUCGAUCUGAACGUGUCUCCUUCAAAGAGAGGCUCUCCUGAGGCCCUGAAAAACUCGCCUCCUAAAAAGGCUAGCAAAUCGCCAGUCGUUGUUGAAACUCACAGGCGCUUGAGAGACUAUGCUCCCACGAGAAAAACCCCAACUACGAGUCCCCGCCGACCUCCAAUGAAAUUGCCAGAAAAGCCUCGCGAGAUAACAACCAUUCGUUCAAAAUCCUCAAGUAUUAAUAAGUUCUUGGUGACUAAACUCAACCCCAAGAAUCCGCCGACUUUUGUACCGCCUAAAGUAUCAGAGCAAAAGCAAUCUCCCCCAGAAACAAGUAGCCGGUCUACUUUUAGCAACAUACCUGAUCUACAACGAAGCCCUACAGAGAAAUUCAAGACAUCCCUGGUAAAACGAUCUGGAGUAACUUCCCCAUUAAAUGGCGUGGAACUUGUGAGCAAGUCGUACGAGCAAACUAAAACGGAUAGAUCGCCUAGAUCAUUAGAACAAAACCGUGAAGUCAAAGCUAAGACUCCGUUAGAAAACAGAAUGUCUAAAGUUGUACCAAGGAGGAGAGCAAUUGGCAAUGCAAUCCCAUUACCAGAAGCAGCAAGAGGGAAAUUUGUAAGGGACCGUCCGAGAGAACGAGCAUUAACGCUGGUUCAAAAGACCCCACAGCGGACAAAAACUCACAAGUUGUACUCGUCUUCCAAAUCCGCUGUUAAAUCCAGCCCUGUUUUGACGACAGAUGGACUUCCGGAUAUUCCAUCGGAUGAUGAAGUUUUGCGAAAGACGAAAUACAUAAAAAGCUGGGCCGAAACCCCAGAAAUCAUACGCACUCUUAACGAGAAUCCGCCACAGGAUCCUCGAGCUAUUUUUGGAGAGUUUCCCGUCUUGAAUAUUAAUGAAGUCUUCAGCUCUGUCACCCCCUCAAAAGGUGUUGACAAAUGA